AUGGCGGAACCACCUCUCCCGUUCGAGGAUCAUGCAAUUCCGGCCGUCGACGACGACGAAGACUACACUGGUGGCGAUGAUACUAUGGAUGAAUUGGAGGAGGAGACGCAUGUCAAUUCAGUGAACGCUUCAGCUAGUGCGAAUCACGACGGCGUCGUUUUGCCUAUAACCCGUACUGGUGAGCUCACUCUUUCUUUUGAGGGUGAGGUUUACGUCUUUCCCGCUGUCACACCUCAGAAGGUUCAAGCUGUUUUGCUGCUUUUGGGAGGACGUGAUACGCAAGCGGGCAUGCCUACUGAUGAACUUCCAUUUGAUCAAAGUUAUAGGGGCAUGAGUGAUAUUACAAGGCGUCCGAAUCUUUCCCGAAGAAUAGCCUCCUUAGUCAGGUUCCGUGAAAAACGCAAGGAAAGAUGUUUUGACAAGAAAAUUAGAUAUACCGUGAGAAAAGAGGUGGCAGAAAGGAUGCAUCGAGAAAAGGGACAGUUUGCAUCUGUGAAGCCAAGCCCUGGUUCCUCUAAUUGGUAUUCUGCACAGGGUGCUGGUCAAAAUGGCACUCCUAAUCCUGAAACUCUGCGUAGAUGUAAACAUUGCGGAGUCAAUGAAAAUAAUACUCCUGCAAUGCGUCGCGGACCAGAUGGACCAAGAACUUUAUGUAAUGCAUGCGGGCUCAUGUGGGCCAACAAGGGGACACUCAGAGAUCUCAGUAAGGGUGGUAGAAGUCUUUCUGUUGAGCAAAGUGGUCUGGAUCGUCCUAUUGAUGUCAAGCCUACUAAUCUCGAAGGGGAAUUGUCUGUCAUCAGAAAUGAACAAGGUAUUUCUGAAGAUCACCCUUCCAAGGCCAUUGCUACCGAAGGUUUGAAUGUAUUUAAUCCAAGUGACGAGGAAUUACCUGUAUCUGCAGAACACUUAGCAAGCACACUGCCAUCAGUGAUUGAUCAUUCAUCGGAAAAUGAUGAUGAGCAGGAACCUCUGGUCGAGCUUUCUAAUCCUUCAGAUACAGGAAUGUCUAAUCCUUCAGAUACAGAUAUUGACAUUCCUGGAAACUUUGAUUAG